AUGCCCAGCAUCGGUUACGGGAGCAACGAGAAAACAAAACGCGUGCUGCCCAGUGCCUCCCGGAAGUUCCUGGUCCACAACGUCAAGGGGCUGGCAGUGCAGCUGGUGUGCAAGCCCGGUCUGGCCCCGAAGCUGCGGCGGGCAGGCACCACACUGCUCAAGGUGCCGCUGAUGCUCGCCUUCCUCUACCUCUUCGUCUGCUCCCUGGACGUGCUCAGCUCAGCCUUCCAGCUGGCCGGAGGGAAGGUGGCCGGCGACAUCUUCAAGGACAACGCCAUCCUGUCCAACCCGGUGGCGGGGCUGGUGGUGGGGAUCCUGGUGACGGUGCUUGUGCAGAGUUCCAGCACCUCCACCUCCAUCAUCGUCAGCAUGGUCUCCUCGGGCCUGCUGGAGGUGAGCUCGGCCAUCCCCAUCAUCAUGGGCUCCAACAUCGGCACCUCUGUCACCAACACCAUCGUGGCCCUGAUGCAGGCGGGGGACAGGACUGACUUCCGGCGGGCCUUCGCAGGGGCCACGGUGCACGACUGCUUUAACUGGCUGUCGGUUCUGGUCCUGCUGCCCCUGGAGGCCGCCACCGGCUACCUGCACCACGUCACUGGACUCGUGGUGGCCUUCUUCAACAUCCGGGGUGGCCGCGAUGCCCCGGACCUGCUCAAGAUCAUCACGGAGCCCUUCACGAAGCUCAUCAUCCAGCUGGACAAGUCCGUGAUCACCAGCAUCGCCACUGGGGACGAGUCCUUGAGGAACCACAGUCUCAUCCGGAUCUGGUGCCACCCAGACCCCGUGGAGGCUCCCGCCUCCAUGUCCAGGGCAGAGGCCAACACCAGCCAGACCCUUGGAAACGCCACCAUGGAGAAAUGCAGCCACCUCUUCGUGGACACGGGGCUGCCCGACCUGGCCGUGGGGCUCAUCCUGCUGGCGGGCUCCCUGGUGCUCCUGUGCACCUGCCUCAUUCUGCUUGUCAAGACACUCAACUCCCUGCUCAAGGGCCAGGUGGCCAAGGUCGUCCAGAAGGUCAUCAACACUGACUUCCCUGCCCCCUUCACCUGGGUCACGGGUUACUUUGCCAUGGUGGUGGGUGCUGGCAUGACCUUUGUCGUCCAGAGCAGUUCUGUGUUCACCUCGGCCAUCACCCCACUCAUUGGCCUGGGCGUGAUCAGCAUCGAGCGUGCCUACCCCCUCACCCUGGGCUCCAACAUCGGCACCACCACCACAGCCAUCCUGGCUGCCCUGGCCAGCCCCAGGGAGAAGCUAUCCAGCGCGUUCCAGAUUGCCCUCUGCCACUUCUUCUUCAACAUCUCGGGCAUCCUUCUGUGGUACCCCGUGCCCUGCACGCGCUUGCCCAUCCGCAUGGCCAAGGCGCUGGGCAAACGCACCGCCAAGUACCGCUGGUUCGCCGUCCUCUACCUCCUCGUGUGCUUCCUGCUGCUGCCCUCGCUGGUGUUUGGCAUCUCCAUGGCGGGCUGGCAGGCCAUGGUGGGGGUGGGCACGCCCUUCGGGGCCCUGCUGGCCUUCGUGGCACUCGUCAGUGUUCUGCAGAGCCGGAGCCCUGGGCGCCUGCCCAGGUGGCUGCAGACAUGGGACUUCCUGCCAUGCUGGAUGCACUCGUUGCAACCCCUGGACCGCCUGAUCGCCCGUGCCACGCUGUGCUACGCCAGACCUGAGCCCCGCUCACCUCCACUGCCCGCCAGGGUUUUCCUGGAGGAGCUGCCCCCCGCCACACCCUCCCCCCGCCUGGCACUGCCCGCUCACCACAACGCCACCCGGCUCUAGGCUGCAGGUCGAGAUGACCGCCUGGAGCGGGAAAGGGCCCGUGCAGGGAGCCUGGGGAGAAAGGGGGUGUGUGUGUGUGGUGUGUGUGUGUGUCUAUGCCACCCGAGUACCAGCAUCCUUAUGCAGGUACACAGCAGUCUGGGCUUGUGCGACGGAGCCAGCGUGCAUGCAAGCAUGGGUAUGUUCUAGAGCGAGUCUGGGUCCACCUGUCCACUUGUAGAAGCUUGUAUUUGUGUAUAAGUGUGCCAGCCCAUGCACGUGUUCAGACACACCCGUGGAGGCUGUGUACGGGUUACAGGGCACCCGGGUAUGAGUUCAGAUCUUUGCACGUGUACACACGACCACAGCGGGCAGGAAUGAGGGUGGGCCUGAAUGCGUGACCGUGCGGCUGCCUGCUUGUGCAUAGAUGUGGGUGCUGGGACCACUGAAUCCCCCCCCCACCACCCUCCAUCCUUCAUGGUGCCAGCCUCCUCGUCCUCACCCAGGUCUUCACCACCACCACAAACCCCUUGCUAACACUGCUGAAGAAGAAGAAGGAAUUAAACUCUCCUUAGGCA